UGAAAGCGGCGACAGCAAGUAGGUAGUUGCUUUUGGAACGAUCUGGUUCCAUCUGUGACGACGGAUACCUUCCAGCUGCUGUCGAAUUGUGGUAGUGUAGUUCGCUGGUUGGUCAUAGCCAUAGUGCACUGAGGUCAAGUGCAUGUAUUAGAUCUGAAAAUUAGAACAGGAACAAACCCGGCUGCAUCAGAAUGUCCACCAGUAGUGACAAACGAGGAAGCCGGAAUAAACGGAACAAACCGAACCAAAUAAUGAUGGACAUAGCAUAUAGCGUAGUGUUCAACAUUUUCGUUAUAAUACAUCUGCUAAUUGAUAAACUGGUUGAGCUGGUGUUAAAAUGGUACUGGGGGCCGAGUCGCGCACGAUGUCCACCGCUGCAACGGAAACGUAUCAUAGUGACCUACAGUGCGCAAGAGCUUGCCAAAAUGAUCCGAACCAAAGAAGUGACCUGCCUCGAAGUUGUCACCGCCUACAUCGAUCGUCUGAAUGAAGUUAAUCCGGUGGUGAAUGCCGUAAUCGAUGGGCCAUUCAUUGAGGCACUAGAGGAAGCCAAAGCGAUUGACGAUCGCCUACAGCGGGGGCUCAUUUCGGACAAUGAAUUUGUCGAAAAGCCCUUCCUGGGGGUGCCUUUCACCACCAAGGACAGUACCGCCGUUAAGGAUAAGCUGCAUACACUCGGUAUUACCGCGCGCAAAAACGUGAAGGCCAAAGAAGACGCCGAAUGUGUUAAGCUUAUGAAGGAAGCUGGAGCUAUCAUUAUUGCUACGACGAGCAUCCCGGAAAUAAAUCGAUGGCAAGAAACGAGAAACAAUCUGAUCGGCCAGACCAAUAACCCCUAUGAUAGCCGACGCACUGUCGGGGGCUCUAGCGGAGGAGAAGGAGCUCUUAUUGCAGCGUGCGGCACUGCCUUCGGAUUAGGAACCGAUAUUGGAGGUUCCAUCCGAAUGCCAGCGUUCUACUGUGGAAUAUAUGGUCAUAAGCCGUCGACCAAUAUUGUCAACACUCGGGGCUGCUCCCUACGUACCGGCAGGGAAGCUACCACGAUGGUUGUAGCCGGACCGAUGACUCGCUUCGCUUCCGAUUUACGGCCAAUCAUGAAGAUCCUAGUUGGACCAAAAUCAUCUCAACUCCUUAAGUUGGACGAAAAAACUGAUUUGAAAAAACUACGAUACUUCUACAUACCCAGUUCAGGAGACAUCAAGUGUAGCUCGGUGCAUCCGCAGUUACAACGCGCUAUGAAUCGUAUCGUGGAGCACUUUCAGGAAAUUGCUCCCGGUGGCGUAGAGAAGGUAAGCUUGAGAGGAACCGAGAAAACUACCAACAUGUGGCGCUAUUGGAUGACACAAGAACCGGCCAAUUUUGGCACCCUGCUAGGAAACGGAAAGCCACUCACACCGUUGGUUGAGUUAGCAAAGAAACUCGUCGGAAACAGUGAUUACACCUUGGCCUCCAUCUACUCGUUAAUCGAUAGCAUCCUGCCACAGGAGAAUGCGGAUAAAAUCAAAGAAAUCACUCGUCAAUGUGACCAGGAGCUAACGGAGCUGCUCGGAGACGAUGGCGUUUUGUUUUAUCACAGUACGACCCACACCGCACCGUAUCAUUAUUCUGCGUUCGUAAAUGUUUACAACUUCAGCUAUUGGUGUCUGUUCAACGUUUUGCAUGUACCGGCCACUCAGAUACCACUCGGUUUGGAUCCCGAUGGUUUGCCGUUGGGAAUACAGGUUGUAGCCAGCCGCAAACGUGACCGACAUUGCCUGGCCGUUGCCGAAGAGAUCGAGCGGAAGUUCAAUGGGCACAUCCCACCGUUUAUCAUCGAUUAAGACUGUAAGAGAGAUUCUUAUUUCUUAUUGUUAACUUGUUUCGUUGUUUUUAAUUAUUCAUAAGGUGCUACUAGGCUCCGGUGAUCAGGUGUUAUUGUACUGUAGGUGUAUGUUGAGGUAAACUCAAGUAACAUCAGUUAUUGUUUGUAAUUCAAUGUUGGAAUGGAACCAAAUAAAUAUGAUAUAUUACUAUAUAAACUUUUAUACCCA